AGCAGAGAGAUGAGGGCACUGCGUGCGCUUCUGAUAUCACACAGAGGUAUGAGGUGGGAGCUCAGCCCUAAUCCCGUGCAGGGUGCCUCACAGACACUGAACACAGAGAGAAAGGAGAGACAGGCUGCAUCUGCACGCACAGCACAGGGACAAACCACCCUCCCAGCUAUUCUCCUCUUCCGCCACACACACUGUGGAAGGCACAACACGUCCAGGUGCCUCCCAACUGUAUACAGCUGCUGUGGCGACCAGCAGACUUCCAGGACUGUUUCCCCUUAACCUUUCCACGGCGAGUCCUGCCAAAGGAGUGGCAUUUGGACUCUCAAGAGCAGGAUUGGGACGAGUGUGGAGACAACUAGUUCAGAACAUGAGCUAAGAGCCUAUAUAGAUGGGUGAUCAGUGAAGUCCUCUUGUGAUCGCUGCUCUCCGAAUCCUUGAGAUUGUCCAAAGCAGAGCGAACAAGGGUAACCCCGGGUGCAUGAGGGAGCUGUUUGACAAGCAAGACAUCUCUGAAGAAGGCCAUAUUUCCUCUCUCACCAUGAAGUCGUUGACCUUCCUGUUCAUCACACUUCUGUCUGGUCUGGCUGCAGCCAUUUUCCCAGAUGAUAGUGGGCCCCUCAGCACUGGGUCUGCAGACUAUGUGAGGCAGAGUGUCGCCUUUAUAGGAAGUGGCCCUGGAGCAAAUCCUGGUCUCGGAGAAAUUCUGGAUGUUCAGCGGAUACUGAAAGUGAACAGGACCCUCUUCAUAGGUGGCAGGGAUCACCUGUACAGUGUGGAUUUAGAUGCACCAACUGUAGAUGAGAUGUACUAUAAUAAGAAGCUGACCUGGCGAUCGAAUCAAUAUGACAUUGAUAUCUGCAGAAUGAAAGGCAAAAAUGAGGUAGAAUGUCGGAACUUUAUCAAAGUGCUUCUGAAGAGGAAUAGCAGCACGCUCUUCAUAUGCGGAACCAAUGCUUAUAAUCCAGUGUGUGCAAAUUACACAAUGGAUACGCUCGAAUCUCUCGGACCUAGUAUCAGCGGUAUGGCAAGAUGCCCUUAUGAUCCUAAACAAGCCAAUGUUGCACUCUUUGCUGAUAAUAAACUUUUUACUGGGACGGUCACUGAUUUCCUUGCGAUUGAUGCUGUCAUCUACCGAAGCUUGGGCAGCAGUCCAACACUCCGAACAGUCAAACAUGACUCCAAAUGGUUCAAAGAACCAUACUUUAUCCAUGCUGUAGAAUACGGUCGGCAUGUUUUCUUCUUUUUCCGAGAAAUUGCUAUGGAAUUUAACUACCUCGAAAAGGUCGUUCUCUCCAGAGUUGCUCGCGUCUGUAAGAAUGACAUGGGUGGUUCCCAGAGGGUGCUUGAGAAGCAGUGGACAUCCUUCCUGAAGGCGCGCUUGAACUGCUCAGUGCCAGGAGACUCCCACUUCUAUUUCAACGUCCUUCAGGCUGUGACAGACACCAUUCGGAUUAACGGGCACACUAUUGUGCUGGCUAUAUUCUCCACCCCCUCCAAUAGCAUUCCUGGAUCUGCCAUCUGUGCCUUCGACAUGGAGCAGAUUUCCAACAUUUUUGAUGGGCGUUUCAAAGAGCAGAAAUCCCCAGAGUCUAUAUGGACGCCAGUUCCUGAAGAAUUGGUACCAGAGCCAAGACCUGGCUGCUGUGCAGGUCCUGGAACAAAAUACAACUCCUCCAAUGCGUUUCCAGAUGAGAUGCUGAACUUCCUAAAGACUCACCCCCUGAUGGAUGACACAGUCCCAUCGCUGAAUCAUGGGCCAUGGAUUAUAAAGACAACAAUCAGGGAUCGAUUGAACAAGAUUGUGGUGGAUACAGAGGCUGGUCCCUUCAAGAAUUACACAGUGGUGUUCCUUGGCUCUGAAACUGGAAUUAUUCUCAAAUUCCUCAUUAGACCAACUCCAAAUGCAAACUUCAUAAAUCGGAGCCUAUUUCUGGAACAUUUUGAUGCUUACAGCCCAGAGAAAUGUGACAGCGAUGGGCGACAGAACCGGAGAAUUGUGGGUAUGGAACUCGACAAGAUCAGUGGGACACUGUUGGUUGCGUUUCCCUCUUGUGUCAUGCGUGUGGCAUUUGCACAUUGCCAGCAGCAUGCUGUUUGCAUGAAGAGCUGCAUUGGGACUCGUGACCCGUACUGCGGCUGGGUUGGAGAUGGAGCGUGUGCAUAUUUGGAACCAGGAACCAGCAUUCCAUUUGAACAAGAUGUUGAGCAUGGAAAUACAACACACCUGGGUGACUGUGAAGGCCUGAUACAUGAAAGCUUUGUUGAAGAGCCCAAUGGUCUGGUUUCUGUCAACCUCCUCGUGAUAUCAGCCAUCGCUGCCUUUGUGAUCGGAGCAGUCAUCUCCGGAUUCAGUGUCUGCUGGUUCAUUGGCCAUCGGGACAAAAAGGAUACAGCCCGGAGAAAAGACAAGGAAACCAUCCUUUCACACAGCGAGUCUGUAGUCAGUGUCACUAAACUAGGAGGCAUGGUGGAGCGGCGGUCCAGGGGGCAGCCGGAAACCUUACUUGCUCCACUGAUGCAGAACGGUUGGUCAAAGAGCUUGAUCAAAACCAGCCAGCAUCACCUUGACUCGACAGUUUUACCAACACCAGAACAAACCCCAUUACAACAGAAACGCAGUACGGGCGUAAGAAGCUGUGAAUGGGAGCAGAACCUGAUAAAUGCCAGUAUUAGAGAUCAACCGUGUGCAGGGUCACAGAUGAUCCUAGUUGAUUCCUCACAUCAAGCAAUGUCCCAUCACCUUAGCAACGUGCGGGUCAUUCCAACUUCACGCCAUUCUUUUCAGCGGGAUCAGGAGCUGACAAGUGAUAACAAAGACGUCGUGGACAAUUAUCUUUCACAUAGUAUGAGAGAACAACUUGAGAACCCAGGUUCUCACUACAGGUCAUCUUUAGGUGGCAAUGGAGGUAGCCAUGCCUUUGUGGAAUAUUCGGUGUCUCCUCAUAGCAGUCCCAAAAGGAGAAGGGGUACUUCAAUGCCCAUCAUGCCUCAGGACUACACUGGGGAUGACUCAACAUGUUCCACUCAGUGGAAUUACGAGAAAGCAAGUGCACCCAUACCCUCACAACACGUAAGGAAUCAGACUUAUAGCAGAGGGGAAAGUUCAUCAUCCCUGCAGAGAAAGGACCCAGUGUCUGUACACCAUGCACACCUCCACCAACUAGUCCCAUCUGUUGCCGGGCAACCCGACCGUGCAGGCUUUAAAGCACCAAAAAAGUCAAGUGUCGAAAGGACAUCUUUAGCAAAAUGAGACACCUUGUGCUUUCCAAUCUCUUCAAUAACCUUUGUGAAAAUGUGGGAUAAAUAUUUAAAAAAACUGGAGUUAAAUACUGGAGAAAACGGAGUGUGUGAAGACAAGAGCACUCCUUAAGAUGACAAAGACCUGUCCUCAAAAUAAGGAUGCAUUUCCUUUGCAAAAAAAAAUACAUGAGCUUCAAAAGGAAGGAGUAGUUUAGGGAAGAAAAGAUAUUGAGGAAUUUUUCUGGAUUUCUCUCUAUUGUUAACUUUUCAGGAGCCAUGGUAAUGAAGGGAAAAAUUAUCCAGGAGUUUUAAUUAGCAAUUUUUCUUACAAUUUUUAGCAGUAAGAUUUUUAUUGCAGAUGACCUAGUAAAACAAAACGCAACAGCUGAAGACACUGACUCUGCACUUCAGGAAAAUCAUUAGAUCUGUAAUAUUAGUUUAUAAAGUUAAUUUAGUGCUAUAGUUUAUCAUUGGUGAAAUUAAUUUAGCAUGAUCUAUUGUUUGGACAAGCUACAUUGGGUUAAUUUCAGGUUUAUGCAAAUUGGAUUUAUUGCAACAUGCAUUUUUCAAGCACUUGUGAAUCCCGAGGGAUUCAACACCGUAAGAUGUAGAAGGCUGUUCAGACUAUCCUACCUCCCUCAGCUCUUUGUAAAAAGCUUUACAAUUAGUUCCACUCCCCUUCCCCUGCUCCUGCUAAUUGAAACCAUCAGAACCCAUUGCAUAAAAUCAAAUCUUUUACAGUUAUUUUAAAUGUAUGUCCUUUUGUCACAAACCUACCAAAAAUUGUUUCUCCUUAUUUAGUCUGUCAACUCAUUUUGAAUUUUGAAUUAUUUCCCUUUAAACCUCUGACUUCUGUGAGAAAAAUUCCAGUUUCUCAAGCCUUUCCAAAUCAUUGAAGUCCUGCACACAAGGUACCAUGCGACUGAAUCUACUCUGCACCCUGUUGGAGACAAGGUCAACCUUUCCGAAAUAUUGAACCUAGAAUUUGCACAAUAAUCCAGCUGGGAAUUAACCAGUGUUUUAUUAAUGUUUAGAUGAAUUCCUUUGCUUCUAUAUUCUAUUGAGAGGAACUUAACUUAAAAAAGGAGUUUGAGUCAGGCGUGGGGGACAAAGGCCGAGAUUUUCAUCUUUGAGCUAGAUAGUGGAUGCUGGGCACCUUCCUGGAUUGACUGCCUGUGUCUAGAGGAUAUUGGCAGGAAAGAAGGGGUUUUCAUUCCAGACGUACAGAUUGCAGUUGAGUCAGCCAGACCAGAAUAAAGCUUAGAGCCAGCCUAAGGGCUUGCCACUUGCUGAAGCGGGCUGUUUAAAAGCUUUGGUGCUGUGAGGUAUUGCCCCACUUCUGACAAAGAGACCUUCUUGCCAUUAGCCUUCAUACCUACCUCACUAACCAUAAACUCCCAUGCCCCAUCCAUCCCAUCCCAUAUGCCCCAGAGCAGCAUACACUCAUCCAAUAUGCCCCCAUCACAGCCCCCAUACCAAGCUAAAGCAAUUCCAUGCCCACUCACCCACUAUGCUGCAUAGACCACAAGGUGGAAAUAAAUGACUUUUUUUUCUGAAGCCUUUUGUUUUACACAUGCUAUUACCACUGUAUGGUCUGGUGUUUCCUCUUCUUUCCCACGCCUCUGAUCACUUGGACCCGGCCAAUGACCUUUGCACCCCCCCCCAGACACUUUGAAAUCUGUACCCCACUACCCAAGGUGGUCACACCCCAAGUUCUCCCCCAUCACCCCUUGAAGAUGACCCUGUCCCCUCACUCCUGCUUCAGCCCGCCUAACCCUGAGUUCUUGACCAAUGUUUUCCACCUGGUGGGAAGCAACACUUACUGAUCAAGCUGUGCUAUAGAACUGAUUGAUGGGCCUUGUGACAACAAGUGAAUAUAAGCAAGUUGGCCAUUCAAGGGCACGGAAGCACCACAGAUGUCGACAUUAUUCUCCUACAUCAAGAAUCCAGAAACAGACUAUUCUUAGCAUUGGCCAAUGAAUGGUGAGCAGAAACAGGAGCCAUUGCUGGUAGCUCUCCUGCCUUCACCUGAAAUGCUGAAAUCAGCUAUGAUGUACACCAAUGGCCCAUCAACUGAGCCAGUUUCUGUAGCACAGAUUGAGAAUCAAAUGCCAGCUCUUUACAUAACAAGUCAUCAGAGUAAGUAUUCAGCUUUUUCAUGCCCUGUCAUGUGACUAUUAAACACUAUUAUAUUAUAUCCACAACGUUAAUCCAAUUUGGACAAAACCUACCACUUUUACAGAACGCACAGAUCUAAAUACAUUUCCUCUAGCAUCUAAUAUGGGGAGGCAAUGGCCUAGUGGUAUUAACACUGGACUAUUAAUCCAUUGACCUAGGUAAUGUUCUGGGAACCCAGGUUCAAAUCCCACCAAUGAUGAAAUUUGAAUUUAAUAAAAAUCUGCAAUUAAGAUUCUAAUGACGACUGGAAAGCCAUUGAAAAUUCUUGGGGGGAAAACAUCCAAAACUAUCAUCUGGCCUACAUGUGAUUCCAGACCCCAGCAAUGUGAUUGUCUCUGGGUAAUUAAAAUCUGUGAUGGGCAAUAAAUACCUAUCCAACAAAGCCCUCAUUCUGUGAAUGAAUAAAAGAAAGAAAAUAAUACCUAUUGGUGUUGAGCUGAGAGGCUACCAGAGAUAUUAAACAAUAACAUGUGGUUUGUAAGAAGUUCUAGGAAGAACAUUCAUUCCACUGCAACUUUUAUAAUCCCAUUAUCAGAUAUCAAAAAAAGCUCCAUAUGUUAUGAUUAAGUCUAAUCAGGAUUUCACUAACAUAGAGAACAAAACACAAAUCCCAUUUUUCUCCCAGAGCAAGAAAAACUCCAAGGAUUUUCAUUUUUGUUCAUCAUCUAAUCAGAAGCUACAAAAUUGUAAAGCUGACUUUGAUUUUUUUUCUAAUCUCAGCACAGCUGUGCUUUAUUGAUUUUGUAUUAUAAAAAAUUGGCAACACAGAUACAGACUCAGUUUCCUGGGCCUGUAGCUGCUCUGCUGAUGUUAACACAGAGGGGUCUUGUGCAUUUAGAAAGUUAAUUUUUUUCAAAAUCCAGCACUAUAUUUAUAUUUUAUACUUUUUUCAAUUAAACAGAGAAGUAUUUUGAACAGUUUUCCCCUUUACUUAGUGGUCUAAACUUGCACACACACGAGUUAGGAGCAGGAGUAAACCAUUCAGCCCCUCAAGUCUGGUUUGCCAGUUAAUUCAGUCAUGGCUGUCUGAUUAUCACCUCAGCCUCACAUCCCUGUAUAUCUCUGAUAACCAUUCACCCCCUUGCUCCCCAAGAAUCUGUCUACUUUUGCUUUGAAAAUAUCCAAAGAUUCAGCUUCUACUAGCUUUUGAGGAAGAAAGUUCACAACUCUCCAGGACAAAUAACUUAUCCUCAUCUCAAUUUUAAAUGGCUGAUCCCCUUAUUUUUAAACAGUGACUCUUUGUCCCAUACUAUCUUACAGGAGGAAACAUCCUUCUCAAUCCAUCCCGCCAAUGUUCCCACAUCUACCACUCUUUCAGGCAGUAUGUUCCAGAUACACACCACCCUCUGGUUGAAAACAUUCUCCUUAAAUAGCUUGUGAAUCUCCUGCCCUUUAUCUUAAAUUUAUGCAGCAUGGUAAUUGACCUGUUUGCUAAGGGAUAAAGUUUAUUCCCAAAACCUUACCUAUACCACUCAUAAUUUUUUAGACCUCAAUCUGGUCCUUCCUCAGUCUGCUCUGCUCAAAGGAGACCAAGCCUAACCUGUGUAGUCUCUCUUUCUUGCUGAAACACUUCAGUAUUGGCAACAUCCUGGUAAAUUUCCUCUACACUCUCACCUCAUCAUAUCCUUCUAUGAGAGUGGCAACCAAAACUACACACUGUUACGGCCUAACAAACAUAAAAUACAGCUCCAUCAUAACCUCCAUGCUCUUGUAUUCAAUGACUCCACCGCUAAAAGCAAGUAUCCCAUAUGUUUUCUUAGCCACCUUUUCUCCCUGUCCUGCUGCCUUCAAGGAUCAUGUUACAGCUGUACAAGGCCACAGUUGGAGUACUGCAUAUAAUUCUGGUCAUCCCACUGCAGGAUGAAUGUUGUUAAACUGGAAAUGAUACAAAAAAGAUUUACAAGACUCUUACCAAGGUUGGAUGGUUUGAGUAAUGAGGAGAGGCUGGAUAGGCCUGGACCUUUUAGCCUGGAGUAUCGGAAGCGGAGGUGUGAUCUUGCUGCGGUUUAUAAAAUCAUGAGGAGCAUAGAUAAGGUAAACAGCCAAGGUCUUUCCCCAGGGUAUGAGAGUCCAAAAAUAAAGGGCGUAGGUUCAAAGUGAGAGGGGAAAGAUUUAAAAAGAACCGUAGAGGCAACAUUUUCACAGAGAGGGUGUGUAUAUGGAACGAGCCACUAGAGGUAGCGGUGGGGGGGGUUAAGAUCGCAACAUUUAAAAAACAUUUGGACAGGCAUAUGGAUUGGAAAGGUUUAUAGGGAUAUGGGCCAAAUGCAGGCAAAUGCAACUAGUUUAGUUUGGGAAUCUUGGUUGGCAUGGACAAGUUGGGCCGAAGGGUCUAUUUCCAUGAUGUAUGACUGCAUGAGUGCACAUACACAUCAAGGACCUUAUAGUCUUAAGUAGUUCCCAGAGUCCUACCAUUCAUUGUGUACUCCAUUGCCUUGUUAGUCCUUCCAAAAUUCCACUUCACACUUCUGUUUUGUUCUUCUGAAGAUUAGUCUUCGGGUUUUGUCACUAUAAUUUCAACCUUCUAAAUUAAAGGAAGUGAAAAACUGGUAGCAUUGCUUGUCAAGAUUCAUUUGACUUAGGUUUGUCCAAAAGUUAUAAUUUCUUUUAAAAAAAUCAAUAACAUUAUUAACCAUGCAGAAAAUAAUAUGGAAUGGAAAAUUUAUCAAUCUUUACUUUGCAGUUCCAAUGUAGUACCCCUGACCCACCUAAUUACCAGUGGCUCCUGGAAAACAAUGGUAAGAGUCCUGUUAUAAUUACUGUAGAAGAUUGCAAGCACAAAUUUUCAUGAAGAAAAUAUCAUUUUAUAAAAUUUUAGAUAAAAAUUACAAUUUUAGAAGCACUGAUAAUUUUGAUGAUGGUGUGAUGGUUGAACUUUACAAAGACUGUGAAAGAGUUUUUCAGUAUUCAUGUAUUUAUGGACUGCACAUAAACUAUUGCAUUAGGUUGAGUGCAUCUCAGAACUUCAGAGCACUGAGGCAACAGAAGGACAACUAUUACCGGUUUCUCAUUCAGUGUGUUGGCACAUGAAAUUCAGCAAAGCGUAAUAAAGGGCACAUGAAACAUUCAUUCUAUGCCCACUCGAACUGUGAAAAACCCAGCCAUAUGAUUACAAUUUUGUCCCUUUGCACUUGGGCUGUGUCUAGAGGGAGCUGUUUGAGCUGCACCAUACUGGGGUGAAGCACUGAUGGUUAUUCGUCAGUCACAGGCACAGGUAUUGACACAAGAUUAAAAAGUACAUUUAUGCUGAAAUUUUUUUCGUCUAGCACAUUGAUAACAGCUCCGCCCCGGCCCCCCUCCCCCCAGCAGAGGACAACACUGCCUUGCUGCCUCUUUCUGACUACUUAUUUUCAGGCCCGUGCUACUUCUGCAACUCUAAUUUUCUACUGGGAAACUAGGACAGCUAUGCCCGCAAAAUAGCUGAUGAAUAAGUGUCCAAUUUAUAAUGUGUUUCAACCCAAUGGCCUUAGAACAAAGAGGACAUAUAUUAAUGGUGCUGAAUUAGUGCAUGGGUAAACAUUCAGUCAUGAAUGAGAAGCACUAGUAUACCAACAUCUGAAUGGCAACAUAUAUAUCCAACAGGCUUUUCUAUGAAGGAUCAACGCUUAUUUAUUUCCCACACAUUUCACUCAAUGUAAUUCCCUGCAUCAGACUCAGUGUAUCUGCCUUAUACUCAGUCAAAAAGCUUGUCGUAAAGCCUCAUUUUAGACCGACCUUGUAACAAAUGAAGUUCAGGAAUUAAAAUUCACUGCAAGCAUAUUGAUUAUAUUUUUAAAGAACAAUUUGAACUUAAUUUCCAGCGGGUAAAUAAAUUUUCCACCCUGCUUUAACUCAAAUAAGUAAUGGUUCAAAAUCUACCCUUUCAAUCAAAGUAUACUUUCCUGCGGAGUUCCCAGUUUUGAACCUUGAUGGGCCGACUAAGGGAUGCUUAAACUGCGUCAAAGCCUAGGCCAUUGACAUUCGUACAAAAAGUGUGUGUUGCUUCCUAGCCAGCUUCCUCAUUCCUUGCAUUGCAUGGUGUUGUGCAUGCCAUGUGUGGGCCUAUGCAAAACCUUUUGACAUGGGCUUAGCUUUGGGCAUAGAAUGGAGACAUACCCAAACCAAACUGAACAAAUUGCCCAAACCUGUCAAGCAGGACACUGUGGGCACAGUUUCUGAACUGGGCUUAGACUCGAAGUCUGGAUGAAAGACUUUAGGAGCCAGCCUGUCUCUCUCUUGUACAUAGUGUGUCAUUUAUCUCCAUUGCGCUUGACAAAGAUGAACAUUCUAUGACAGACUAAUGGCUGUCCUAAUUGAACAACUGGGAGUUCAGUUCUGUCAUUGACCAUGGCUUAUUUCAGCCCAUUUGCUUAAUUAUAAUUGUUAGUGCAUGAUGUGCAAAGGGGAAUAAAUACAAUUUGCCUUAGGGCUGCCAAAUCCGUAUUCCUGGGCACCAAUUGGAUGCACAGAUCGUACUAGACCUAGUGUACACUUUUCUUGUUGAUCGAUCUUCACAUGGAUUACGUCAGAUCUCCUGAAAGCAAAUCCAGAUUACAGGAAUCUAGAUAUUCAAUGCUUUGAUGCAUUGGAAUAACAGAAAACAAGACCUUGCAACAAAUCUGAUUGGUGUCAAUAUUGGUAACUGGGUUUCAGAAGAUGGGAAAUGUUGCUAGCUUGAAAGGUAGCCCAUAUUUAGAACAUUUUGUGGGCUAAUAUGACAAGAAAUAAACACCUCCCUUCCCCUUCCCCAAAAGAAUUAUUGGGGCUUUUGGGGGACUUUAAUAAUUUAUUGUUUGUUUUCUAGCCAGAGGUCACAGGUGAUUCCCAGGUCAAUCUGAUACUUUUUCUUUGUGGAGGGAGUGUCUUACUAUAGCCACUAAAUUGAGUGCCACUCAGAAGCAAGAUGUUGCAAUUUCGGGAAGUGAAAUGGCAAAUAUAUUAUCAUGACUACUUCCUUUGAAAUGCUUCCCUUGUUUCUGAGCAUGGAGGGGUUCCUGUGAUGGUUUUAGAGAAGCACCUUGGCACAGGAUAUUCCAACUGAAGAAAGAUGGGUGGUGUUGAGAUCUUUGAAGGAAGAAAAGAAACCUCCCAGUUCUAAUGGGAAGCUCUGUGUGUGCGCGUGUGUAUGAGUGCAUUUGUGUGUCAGUGUGUUUCCUCUUUUAAUAAAGGGACUGGAACAACACAAUUCAGUUUUUGCUCUUAUCGUAAAACAUGGUUACAGUGAAAGUCGAAUGAUGAAAAGGCCUUUGUAGUUGGAAUCUACUGAUAUGGUCACAUCUGCUCAUUAUAUAGAAGAAGAUUCAAAAACAAUUCACGUAGUGUGAACAUACCAACUGAGAAACAAAAUAUACAAAAAUGUUGAUACAUUCAGAGGAGGAAUUAGAUCUCUUGCAGGUGAGUCACUGAUAAUAUCAUUAAUGGGCAUUAUUUGAAUGUAUUAUAUUUCUUACAUUCUGGUCAAAAUGGUACAAAUUUGGAAAACAGAUCACAGUGAACCCAGACAAAAUAUAGCACAAGAUAGAGCACAGGAAGUCAAACUAAUGAAAAUGUCUUGUUUGUUAACUGUCAGGAUUCUAAUGUCAGAUAAGCUUUGGGUUGACAAGUACCCACAACACAAAACUACCACUUAAUUGGAGACUAAUUGGCAUUAAAUUGCCAGUCCAAUACUAGGGAGUAUGUACAAGUCACUACUGAAGCCAAAUCGAUCACAACAAUUAAGACGGAAUUAAAUGUGCAAUUGAAGAAUAAAAUUAUCGAAACAGUGUGGAAAAGCGCAUGGAAGUGUAUUGGAAUAGAUGUCUUCAUUGUGUAUUGAAGUCAUUUGAAUAGAAUGGUGUCUUGCAUUGUCAUCUCCAUGAUAGUAAAUGGAGAGUGCAAGUCAGGAAAUAGAAAAUGUCACAUUGUUUGCAGUAUUGGGUCCAGCUUCUGAUGUUGGAAUGAGUGCACAUUGUUUGGAUGUUAGGGAGGGCUGCUUCUGCAUCGAGCUGUGCUGUGCUGCACUUGAAGAUGAAUUGAAAAUCGGAAAGUGUACCGACUCUCAUCAACCCUCACUUCAUCAGAUUAAAAUUCUCAAAAUUUAAAAAUGCAAAUUCUUCCAAAUUGCUCCAAUUCUGAAAAUAAUACAGCACUGAAUCCCAAAGGUAUCACACAAGCUUGCAAACGAAAAAUAACAGGAAUGGGCCUGGACUAAAAACUGCUAUCUGAAAAGAAUCAGACAAAUCUAUCAUUUAAGAAAGAUUCCCUCUUUAAGAGACUAAAUACACCAUUUGAUUUGGGACUGAGCUACACAGAUCCAAGUGCCAAGCUAUGCCCCUGAGUUCAUUGAUCUUGACUAGGGCAACAGUUGCAAUGUGAAAUCUGGCUUUACUGUACUUGUCGAAGAAGUGAAAACCGUUCCAUUUUCCUGUUCUUUGAUUACUGUUUAUUGAGCCUGCACAUGAGCAGAUUAUUGUUAAAUUUACCUCUAAUGCCUGAUAUAACAGACAGUCUGACAUUGUACAAGUGCCUACAUAUGACCAGCAAGUGGGUGACAUUUCAAUGGAUAUCCUGUGCUUGUGGAACUAAACCUUAUGCAUGAUUCAGUGUCUUAAAGAUGGAAAGAGAUUAAGGAAGAAAAAUGAGAGAAAAAUUCAACUUGAACCCAAAAUAGACCUGAUUUCCAAAGUCAUACACCCCUUUUCAGACUAACAGACUGCCAUAGUGACUGACAGGUUCAUCUGAACGUGGCAUUAGGCAGGCCUCAGGCAUAAUGUGAGGCAUGAGAGGCUUUCUGCCUUUGAAUACUUAGCUGCUAUUUUCUCAAGCUCAAACAGAUAAUCUGGGGUCAAAUUUCUUUCCAGUUCUAAGUUGCAGUUUUUGUUGAACAUAUUGGUUGAAAGCUACAUCUAUUCCAACUGUUCUUAAACAACUCCAAUUCUGGUGUGUUUGAAAUUGAAAUGGACAUUGCAGGCUGUCAGGGAGAGGUAUCUGAUUGUUUGAGUCAGCUAAAUGCAGCACAAUUAUCGUCACUGCACACUGGCAGAACAUUCUAUGAAUGAUCCACAUUACUGGAUUGAUCAAAGCCUUGAGCAGGAAGUCUCACAGUCAGGAACCAUUAGAUCAGCUAAAUCUCUAUAAUUAAAAUCGUUGUGCUGGUAACUGACAUUCAGCAACUGAAGUUCUCUGUUGCAAUGGUGCUAGGCAUUUCUUAAUCAUCCUUUCAAGAACGGUAUGCACAGCUCUGCUACAACCAGGUUAAUGGCUUUCUACUCAUGCGUUUUAUUUGAAUUUCAUUAAUUUUUAAAGGCAAGCAGUGAGAAUAUUGGGAAAAAUGGCAGCACAAAUGUAUUAAACAAAUGGGGCAUACAAUAGAGUCUCUUGUUGUUUUAUAAACUCUGCACAUAGAUCUUGCAUGCAUGAAGAUUUGUCUAUCCAUCUUGACAGUUUAGGAUUUUAGGUACAAGGCUGUGACUCAUCUGCAAAUUAAUGUGCAAAUUCCCACUAAUGUGCUACUUCCCAUUUAUUUGUAUAAGAAAUGCUGUCCCUUUCUCUUUUGAAGUCUGAAACAGAUAUGCACUGGCUUUUUCUAAAUAUUGUGUUCUCUUUCUGAAAUGUGAAUUUAAAAUGCUUAUAAAGGUCCUACAUAAUAAUAAAAAAAAGUCAGAUGUUGUAGCUUUCAUUUAUUUCAUGCACCAUUCUGAUGUUACAAAGUGUAAAAGCAUGUGAGGUAACAGAGUAGUGCUGCAAUACUAAUUACACGCUGUCUUGGAUGGCAUUGGUAGAUGCAUUACAGAUAUUUGUGUAA